AUGGCACAGACAGAACCCCCUAACGCAAAUCCUGCGACAGAGAACGAAGAUGAGAACUCGGAUGAUGAGUUCCACGAUGCUCAUUUCCCCGCCGAGGAAGAAGCCAAACUCUUAGAGGAAUCAAACGCCUGCAAAGACCAAGCGAACAAACAAUUUGCUGCCGCCGCCUAUUCCGAUGCGAUAUCAACCUACGAUCGUGCCCUGGCAUCCUGCCCGAACUACCUAGACUACGAGAUUGCAGUGUUGAAGAGCAAUAUGUCGGCGUGCUAUUUGAAGCUACAGGACUGGAAGGCUGCUGUUGACUCUGCAACAACAAGCAUCGACUGUCUCGAAAGAUGUCUGCCAAAACCAAUAAAGAAAGCAGAAGAUGGCGAGGCCAAUACCGAACCAGAAAGCAAAGAGGAGGACGCCGUCGUUGAGCUCUCGGGUGAUGACGAGGAAGAGGAAACAAAACAACUUGAGAGGCUCCAGCAAGAAGAUUCUCGUCGGCAAGCUGUGAAGAGAAUUCGCGCCAAGGCACUCAUGAGACGUGCUCGUGCAAAGACAGAGCUAAGCGGAUGGGCCAAUCUACAAGGCGCAGAAGAAGACUACAAGGAGCUCGCGGCCAUGGAUAAUCUUCCACCCUCUGAUCAAAAAAUCGUACAAAAGGGCUUGCGUGAAUUGCCGUCAAGAAUCCAGGUUGCGAAAGAAAAGGAGAUGGGAGAGAUGAUGGGGAAACUAAAGGAUCUUGGAAAUGGUAUAUUAAAGCCAUUUGGGUUGUCGACAGAUAACUUCCAAUUCACCAAGGACGAGGGCACAGGAGGAUAUAGCAUGCAGUUCAACCAGGGCGGACUGAAAUAUGCUUCUUUACAAAAUAGACUAGCUGAUGCAGAGCUGGUUGCUUCCAGAACUACAGAGGAGGGUGUAUUGGAUGCUACCAAGGAUGGGCCAACAACAGCACACCCGCCGAUUGGAUGUGAUCUUGAACUAGGGGCUAUUCAAAAAACCCUUCCAAAGAAAGAUCUGCACCAGUCAGACACAGAAUGUCUCAAUCUGAACAUCGCCGUGCCAGACGGGACAACAUCGACGUCGAAACUGCCAGUUUUACUGUUCAUCCAUGGCGGAGGUUUGGUAAUCGGUGCAAAUUCCUGGCCACAGUUUGAUUGGACACGAGUCAUCAAGUUGUCGAUAGAAAAAGGAGUUCCAAUUGUCGCCGUGGGUAUCAACUACCGUGUUGGCGCAUUUGGUUUCCUCACCUCUGAAGAGCUCCGCUCAGCAGGCUACAAGACUAACAAUGGCCUUCGCGAUCAACGUGUCUCUAUAGACUGGGUGCAUAGACAUAUCGGCGAUUUUGGUGGUGAUCCUGACAAUAUCACGCUUGCAGGCAUGAGCGCCGGCGGAGCAUCUGCCUUGCAACAACUUCACUCCAACACAUCCACGCCUCUUUGCAAACGCGUUCUCUCGAUGAGUGGUACAAAUCUCCUCCUUUCACCCUUGCCCCUUGCAGUACAUGAGCAGGGAUACAAAGCGGCUACUCAAGCUUGGGGCCUUGACGGUUUAUCUCCGGAAAAUCGUGUCAAGGCUAUUCUAGACACUCCUGCGGCAGAGCUCGUUGCGAAAUUGCCUCCUAGUGUACCUAUUGGGCUCGCAGCAGAUGGAGAUGCGAUCCCAACGCCUCCAAACUUUGCUAGCAUCUCUGACAAGUCUUCGUCAGGCUAUCCAAAGGGAAGGAGUUGGUGUAAGGAGAUACUCAUUGGUGAUGCGCAGCAUGAUACUAGUAUAUUUGCAUAUACGAUGGGACAUCAGUCCAAAGACUGUGCUUCAAGGUUUACUUCGGCCCUUAAAGGCGCCCUUUCUGCACACCCCAGUGACGUUAUAUCGCACAUCCUUGAGGCAUAUGGGUUAGCUGCAACAACCCCCGAUGCAGAAGCUUGGCCCCGUGUUCUGGAAUUCUUGAACGAUGUCCACUUCCACGCUGCAGUAUUGGCAUAUGCAGGCGGGUGGCCCGAAGAUGGAACGGCAUAUGUAUACUAUUUCAACGAAACCAACCCGUUCGACGGGCCAUCCAAGGGCCAGUCCUCGCACAUCCUCGACCUCGCUUACUUUUACCAAAACUUCAACGACUUCCUUACUCCAGACCAGCAAGAAGUUGCGCGUGCUUUUGCAGAGGAUCUUCUCAAGUUCGUAUCCGGGAAAGCCCCGUGGGAACCAUGUAAGGACGUUGGAGAAGGGUUUAGGGCUAGAGUGUUUGGACCAAGCAGUAAAGGACAAACACGAAGGGUCAUCAAAGAUGCUUAUGGAGGAGAGAGUCAGAGGAGAAGCGUGUUGCCACAGCUGGUUCAGCAACAGGGUGUGAAAUGGGAUGAACUGGCGGUGGUUUUCCCGAACAUGGCGACCGCGUCCCUGCACCACUCCCAGCUCAAUGCCACCUUCAAUGGCGUGCAAAUACAGUCAACAGGGAUCAAAAUCAAUAAAUUCAAGGGCAUCAAAUACGCUCAUAUCCCAGCUCGAUUUGAAAAAUCGCAACCGGUGUCAGCCGAGGAAUUGAAUGGGCAGACGAUAGAUGCUACACAAUACGGACCGAAAUGCCCCCAGGUUGACAUUGAUGUUCGUCAUUUACUGCGCAUCCCCGAAGAUUAUCAAAUCAAUGAGGAGCCCGAGGACGAAUUCGAGUGUUUGAAUCUUGACGUGACGGUGCCCGCGGGGACGCCUGCUGGUCGUAACUUGCCUGUUUUCAUCUGGAUAUACGGUGGUUCGCAGGCAGUCACAUUCUGCUCCGCUGGAUCGGGUAUAUGUGAUACAACCAAGAUUGUCGGAGACUCAGUAGACGCCAGAAAACCCAUCAUCGCCGUUGUUCCAAAUUAUCGACUCAAUCUUUUCGGGUUUGGAGAUGGCAAGGGAACCGGAGAGAUCAAUCUAUCGCUUAAAGACCAAGCUUUGGCGAUUGACUGGGUCAGGAAGCACAUUUCUGGAUUCGGCGGUGACCCUGAAAAUAUUACCCUUUGCGGAGAAAGCGCAGGAGGCGUCUAUGUCCAUGCCCACUUGAUCACCGGCCCCCCUGUUCGACGAGCUAUUCUCAUGUCCGGCUCUCUGUACCUGACCUCUCCAAUGCCUCAUUCCCUAGGCAAGGGAGUUCUACAAGUCUGCGAGGUGCGGGCCCAAGAACUCGAAGGCAAAUCUCUCCGCGAGUGCAGCCAGAAGAUCUUCAAACAGAUCCUCACCGAAAACAAUCUUUCCCGCUGUUGGAUGCAGGAAGAAGAUGUCCUGGCUGAUUGGGAGACCAAAGCAGAGCAAGUCGAGGAAUUAGUGAUUGGUGACACCGAGUUCGAGUCAGCUAUUUGGCGUCGGGGUAUCGAAACUCUGCCCCCCUCACAGAUUAUCUCCACUUUCACAGAGUCCAAUAGUGAAUGGGGGGAGAAGCUACGCAAAGCAUAUCACAUUGUUCCAGGUCGUCCUACGGCUAGCACAUUAGGGGCUUUGGACUUUGUUCAUGAUGUCAAAUACAGCCUUCCAAUCGAACUCAUAUGCGAAAAGGUUCAGGCUACCAACAAAGACACAAAGGUGUAUCGAUAUCUCGUGGACGAGUCAAACCCAUGGCAACCGUCCGCUCGCGCUCAUCAUGCUGUCGACUUGAUAUUUUUAUUUGGGACGAUGGAUAUAUCGCAUAACCCUACCGCGGAAGAUCUAGGCAAGGAUAUGCGAAGGAGAUGGAUCAACUUUGUCAAUGGGGAUAAACCAUGGGCAGAAUUGUCAACGGGAGCCAGAUUUGCAUUUGGUCCGUAUGGCGAGUGCAAGGAAAUUGACGAGAGACAGUAUGCAGCUAGGAGGAGAGUGCAUGUUUUCAGCUUGUUGAGAGAGGCCGGGGCUGGUGUAUAUGGGCCAAUUGUCAAUAAGUUGAUUGCAGGGAGGAUCAGCUUGCUCAAUUAA